GUGGGUCACUGGAGGAGAUGGGCAAACUAACGUUUCUUAUGCUCAACUUUGCCCUCUUAUGGUGGUGGAGCUCAAUACCUAGCCCCGGCGCUUGCUCGGGAAAUCAAACGGACCGGCUCGCGUUAGGCUCCUUCAGGAACGCGAUGCGGGAAGACCCACUUGGAGUCUUGAGCUCUUGGAAUGAUUCUACCCAUCAUUGUGAGUGGCAAGGUGUUUCGUGCAGCAAGAGACAUCCUGGGAGGGUCACUUCCCUGGUCCUGAGAUCACAAGGCUUGGGAGGCUUCCUAUCUCCUCACAUAGGUAAUCUCUCUUUCAUGAGGGUCUUGGUCUUGUCGAACAACAGCUUCCACGGCGAAAUCCCGCCACAGAUUGGCAACUUGCUUCGGCUCCGUGAACUCAACCUUAUUAACAACUCUUUUGACGGGCCGAUACCCUCCAACCUUUCCCAUUGCUCGAGCCUCGAGAUCCUGAUUCUGAUAAAUAACCAACUUGUGGGGAGAAUUCAUUCCAAUCUCGGUUCUUUGCCGAGGCUUACAGGCUUGGGCUUGGCUAACAACAACCUUGUAGGUCCCAUUCCUCCUUCAAUCGGAAACCUCUCGUUGCUACAAAAGCUUUCUCUGUCACACAAUGCGUUGCACGGAGAAAUACCUGAGGAAUUGUCUAGACUCGAGAGGUUGGUAUUUUUCCAACUAUCAUUCAACAAACUAAUCGGGGAGAUUCCACCAGGGAUUUUUAACAUCUCCAGCAUGUUGGCAUUCUAUGUUGGUUAUAACCAGUUGCGGGCAAGCUUUCCCUCUGAUAUGGGCACAACUCUUCCUUUUCUCUCUGAACUUGGAGCCCCCAGCAACUUGUUCACCGGGACGAUUCCGCCAUCGUUAACAAAUGUCACCGGCCUUCGAGGAGUUUUCCUUUUCAACAACAGUUUCCGUGGGCCAAUACCAAAAAAUCUGGGAAGGCUAACGGGUCUCCACGUACUUUCGUUGAGUUAUAACCAGUUGCAGGAUGACUUAAGUUUUAUUUCUUCUUUAGCUAAUUGUUCCAAUUUAGAAUAUCUCAUCAUGGAGUCGAACUUGAUUCAUGGAUCGUUGCCGAGAUCCAUCUCCAAUCUCUCCGCCAGCGUUGAGGUCAUUUCUAUGCGAAGUAAUCCAAUCCACGGAUCUAUUCCUUCAGCUCUUGGAAAUCUAUUCAACUUGUCUGUCUUGAUUCUAGCGAAUACUUUUCUGACCGAUCGCAUUCCUGAUUCCAUCGGAGGCCUUUACAGCUUGCAGGAACUUCAAUUGAGUGCAAACAUGUUUACUGGAGAGAUACCGCCUUCGAUUGGUAACAUGACAUUGUUAAAUGCCCUUGACCUUCACUCCAACAAUUUCCAAGGCUACCUACCACGAAGUCUCGGCAACUGCAAGCAACUAACAUGUUUGGAUCUUUCGAAUAACAAUCUCAUUGGGACUGUUCCAGUCGAAAUCUUGAGUCUCUUUUCCCUGUCGAUCUUCUUUAGUUUGGCUCAUAAUAAUUUAAGUGGAUCUCUUCCAUUGCAAGUUGGGUCUUUGAAGAAUCUCGCUAUGAUAGAUCUAUCUUACAACAGAUUGACUGGCUUAAUUCCGGCCUCCAUCAGCGAGUGCUUGAGCUUGAGAUGGCUUUACUUAGAAGCUAAUUCUUUUCAUGGUCAAAUCCCCCAAUCUUUACGUCCAUUACGGGCUCUAGAAGAGCUGGACCUUUCCAAUAAUACUUUUUCUGGUCCAAUCCCAAGCUUUCUCACAGAGCUUGCACUGCUCGAGUACUUGAAUUUGUCGUUCAAUGAACUAGAAGGACAAGUUCCGAAAGCCGGAGUUUUUCUCAAUGCAAGUGCUGUAUCAGUUUCUGGAAAUAGAGAACUCUGUGGAGGUGUUCCGAGUCUGAAGCUUCCUCUUUGCAAAUUACCAAGAUCGAAGAAGUCUUGUUCAACCAAGGCCAUAGUGAUAUCUGUGGUUGCUGGUAGUUUGUUGUGUUUAGCUCUGUUGGUCCUAUGUUUGUCUAUCUUCUUUUACGGCAAAAGGAAGCAGAUGACAACUGAUGCCUCGACUAAAUUAUCCUUGGAGCACCCAUUCUUGAGGAUUUCUUAUGAUGAACUCCUGAGGGCUACAGAGCGGUUCUCCGAGUCCAAUUUGAUUGGUAAAGGGAGAUACAGCAUGGUUUAUAAAGGAAUUCUUGAUAGUGGUGAAACGGUGGCGGUGAAGGUGCUCAAUUUAAUGCAAAGAGGUGCUUUGAGGAGCUUUGUUUCAGAAUGUCGAACUCUAGGAACCAUUAGACACCGAAACCUCGUGAAGAUACUAAGCGUUUGUUCGAGUGCGGACUUUCGUGGAAAUGACUUCAAAGCUCUUAUAUAUGAGUUCAUGGCUAAUGAGAGCCUAGAGGAGUGGUUGCACCCUGGGACCACAAGACGAGAUGACGAGAGUGGCCAAUCAAGAAAUCUAAGACUAGUGCAGAGGUUAAACAUUGCCAUUGACAUAGCUAUUGCGAUCGAAUAUCUGCACAAGGGUUGCUGUCCACCAAUUGUCCACGGAGAUCUGAAGCCGAGUAAUGUGCUUCUAGACAACGACAUGGUGACUCGAGUUGGAGAUUUUGGGCUUGCAAAGAUCAUUUCGACGGUGUCCGGGGAAGCCAUUGGAAUUCAAGAUUCAACUUCAACAGCAGUCAAAGGAUCCAUCGGCUAUGUGCCUCCAGAGUAUGGCAUGGGACACAAAGUUUCCACACUUGGAGAUGCUUACAGUUAUGGCAUUUUAUUGUUGGAGAUAUUCACCGGAAAGAGACCCACUGAGGAGGCCUUUGGGGCCCAUUUGAACCUUCAUAGCUUUGUCCAAACGGCUCUUUCUGAUCGAGCGCUGGAUGUUGUAGACUUAAGGCUUUUGAGUGAAGCUGAUGAUCAGCAACAGGAGAUCAUGAUCGGAGAUUGCGCUGCCUUAGUAUUAGAAGUUGGAGUUGCAUGCUCAAUGGACUCACCCCGAGACCGUAUGGACGUAACCCGGGCAAUCAAGGAAUUAUAUUCGAUCAAGGCGAGCUAUGAAACCAAAUAA